AUGCCACACUCUCCUGAGCUGUUCGGCAUGGGAUCUCGCACCAGGCGUCGCACUCAUACGUCGCACUCUCCAUACUGUAGGUGCGCCUACUCGGUCCCGUGUAGGGGUUCCUACGCGGUACCGAGCUCGUCUCCGAGUAGCCUCGCUACCGAGCUCUCGCUGAGGAGUCGUAUUUCUAACAUCGGUCACCUCAAACAUCUUGACCUCAAAGAGGACCGCGUCCGGAAGGGCCUGGUCCGGAGGGCACAGACGCAGCAUUGUUCCGUGCUCAAGUGGGCACUGUUGGGGGCGACGCGGGCACCGACCAAAGCUGCCCCGCACCCCUUGUUCCCAGCUCUCCAUCACAUCGAGUCCCGCGGAGACGGCUACAUCCAUUCCACCGAGGAUGCGGUCUACGGUCUCGACAAUGACGAGGAGGAACAUCAUACGCAACUUGGGCAGAUCCUACACCUAUACAUCAACUUGGAGCGCAUUCCCGCCGCCCAGGUCAUCGACGCCGGUGCGAGAUCGCGCAAGAAGCGCCAGGUGUCGCCAAGGUUCAAUAUCUGCCUCGGUGCACUUGGAGCCACCGGCCGGGCGCAUCCAUGUAACGGCGGAGUCAGGAUCAUCCGCGACUGGAUCAAAGGCCUCAGCAAUCGCAAGGCAGUUCACGACAUCUGUUUCCAUACCGACAAUCCACUCGAGCUCAUCUCCUGCAUCAUUCCCAAAAUCAAGUGGCCGACGGGAACCCUCACUAUCCGCAACAGGCGCCAGUACGAUAUCACUGGAUCACGGACGGGUCAUCUCAUGUUGAAGGGGGAAGUCGACUACUACACCGAACUGUUCAAGAAAAUUCGCUCAGCUAUCCCCUCACCUGGGACGAACGAGCGGGUCGAGCUAUACGGCGCGUUCCAGGCAGGUCACAACGUGGACGAGCAGGUGCGGGAGGAACUUCGACGCCUCGCAUACGAUAAGCUUCGGAACGACAUCGGGAUGAAUCACAGGCCGACGGUGUUAUGGAGGUCUGGAUCGGACCGCUCGGAUACGAAGGGCCUGUAUGUCAUUGUCAGGGAGGAGAGGCAUCGUGUGACGGCGAAACGACUCGAGAAGACUGGGAAUCGCGGGUUGUUGCCUCUCUCCCCUGUCAACGUUAACAUCAUGGGGUAUCUUCACGCAGGUGGCAAAAGCAGAGCCCUGAUCAUGCGACUGCGUCUUUUGCUCAGAGUCCGUGGUCGCAAGACGACAUUUGAGCUGCAGACGGGGCCCUCGCUGCUGGCAGAGCAAGCCAUAUGUACUGCCGCAGCCACCCCCAGAAUAGGAUACAUUCUUGACAUCGCUCAAGCCUCUGCCUUGCCGACCACCAACCCGUGUCGCCACAUUCAGGGUUUUCCUCCCAGCUCCACAUUCCUCAGCAUGCGAACAGAGCUCAACGCGUCGCUCUCGCCACACUUCUUUCCUCUUCGAUACCUCACUCAUCACUCGCCGAGGUAUCCAGCGUUCAUCACACGGCUCGCCGUACACCGGUACCUCUCCCGAACCAACAUUUCUCCUCCCCUUUCCAAUCCUUUCCAAUCCUUUCCAAUCACACCGCCCAUCAUGGACCCCCUUCUUACCCCCCGGCUCCCCGUCGAGCUCGUCACCCAUAUUUGCGACAUUCUUCGCGUUCGUGCCGACUCCUCCGCACUCUGCGCCAUCCUACGGUCGUCCUCCGUCUUUUAUGACAUCGCGGCGCCCAAGAUCUAUCGUCGGGUCCGGCUCAGCCAGGCAAACAUUCAGAUGUUCCUGCUCGGCAUGGCCCUCAUCCGUGAGGGCGACUCCCCGGCCAGAGGCAUCGACUGCCGUCCCUUCGGAGAUCCCGCCUCGGGGGAUGGAGGGCCUUUGGGGAAGGAGAAGCAUCCGGAUGAGCUGCGGUGGGAAGGGAAGGUGCAGCUUUUCAGAUAUAUCGAGGAACUUCAAAUCACCGGCCUGUUCGACGCUGACAAAGAGGACGGCGAGGGAUACGAUCACGGGGAUAUCGCCAAAUGGGCUUUCGGCAAGAGCUCAUAUCGUCGGACAUCUUCUUUGUCGCUCCCGGACCGGUUGCUCCCCUCUCUGCGCCGGAUCGAACUUCACGCCGUCAAUACCGGUUGUCAGCAGCCAGCUCUGCAGCUUGACUUGCGCCGACACGCAGUUUCCCCCGAUGGAACCACAUUCAGAGGAUCGGACCUCUGCGUUCGCGCCCAUAGCAACCUCUCCCUCCUGGAUACGCCCAAGGCGCGUCUCGCACCAUCCUUCCCUCCGAAGGGCACAGCCCGCUAUUACGUUGACGAAUCUACGGGUCCUCCAGGCCCCGGCGCCCCAGCCAGCGGGACCGAUACCGACCCUGCCAUCAGGGCCUGGCGCAACCUCUAUUUACGGUCAGGGGCCAAUAAAUACCGCCUGCGGGUCUUCGGCGCUUUCCGGAACCAGGCGUCAGAGAGUGAUGAGCGAUCAGUCCGUGAUGCGACGAUCGCCGAUCUCACGGGGUAUGGCGGAAAGCAUCUCAGGGAAGUAGCGGACGCGCCGUUGGCGGACCGGAGGGGGGGUUUGUGGUUCGCACCUAGCGGCUAUAUGGAAGGGUGUAUGUGCGGUGAAGCAACUCAAGGCAGAAGCGAACGUCGUCCGAAUUCGGCGACACAACCCUCCGCGAACGCCCUGCACCGGCAUAGACGCCCCCUCGGCUCGCCGAAAGCCGCGGAUCUCUCUAGGAUCUCCCUCGCUUCGACGAUGAUAACUGUGUACAGAUGA